AUGACCGAAGGUGGUCCCCACGUUGUUAUUCUAGAUCACCACAGUAUGCUCGACCUUACUCCCGAGGCCCAGAUUAUUAUUCCCCAUCCCCAAGGUGAAGGCGUUACUCAAGAUCAAUUUCGACAUGUGAGCGAAGGUAUAGAGAGAAGUCUUACCCCAGGCCCCCCUAUGGCUCUAGAAGCCGAAGCCAAGGCAUUGAUUAGGAGUAGGAGCAUCGAGUGUUACUAG